AUGUAUCCCACAGCCAGUGCCAUGAACGAUGAAGAGCCACCACUGAAGAAGAAUAAGCUGCUAAUAGAGCCAACCUUGAAUCUUUCACUUCCAGAUGAUUUGGUAGUGAGCAUCUUAGCCCGUGUCUCGAUAUUGUAUUACCCAACUCUCUCCUUAGUCUCCAAAAGCUUCCGCUCGCACCUUACUUCACCGGAGCUUUACCAGACCCGGUCACUUUUAGGCCGUAAAGAUAAUUGUCUCUAUGUGUGUUUACGGUUCUCUACUACUGACCCUAAACCUCGUUGGUUCAUGCUUUGUCGAAGACCUAAUACCAAUGAAACUAGGAAGAAGAAGAAGGAGAAGUCAAGUGGGUAUGUUUUGGCUACAAUCCCAAUUCCCCAUUCUCCUCCUGCGCACGGGUCGGGUCUAGUGGCUGUUGGUUCUAAUAUCUACAAGGUUGGCGGAUCCAUCAAUGGCUCUCCCUCAUCUAGUGUCUCAAUCCUAGACUGCUGGUCUCACACGUGGCUCGAAGCUCCAAGCAUGCGGGUGAAGCGGGAUCAUCCAUCAGCAAAUUUCCUUGAUGGAAAGAUAUACGUAACAGGAGGCUGUAGGGUGGUGAUAGAUAUCUUUCCUGAUCAAAAAACUAGUAUCGUAGUGGUUAAUGCAAAGCAAUACAUUUUUGGGGAUAAUGUGGCUUACAACCUCAAGGAUGGUGAAUGGACUAGUUUCAGCGGAUGGAGAUGGUCCUCUUCUUUUGUGAUAGAGAACGUACUUUACUAUUAUUAUUACGAAGAAGGGUUUAAAUGGUAUGACACUAAGGUAAGAUCCUUGAGAAGUAGAACUGUGAAAGGUAUGAAACGACUGCCUAAGUUUGCUCGUCAUGCCAAUGUUAGGUUGGUUGAUUAUGGUGGAAAGAUGGCACUUUUUUGGGACAAUUUUGUGGCUUCUGGUGGUGGUGGUGGCUAUCAGAAUAGGAGGAUUUGGUGUGCGAUGAUUUCACUUGAAAGACGCAAUAAUAGUGAAGAGAUUUGGGGGAAUGUCGAGUGGCAUGAUGCUGUGCUUCCACAUCCAAUCCCUAGGGGAUAUAUAUUUGAGCAUGUCAUUGCUGUCACCGUUUGA